AGAGAAAAGGAAAACAGUGGUAUUCUUUCUUUCUCUAUUGGUCUCUUCCAUUUCUGUAUCCUCUCACAAUCAAAACGGGCAAGAACAAACAUUAUAGCAAGUCUACCAAUCAUUUAUUGCCACGUAAUUUCAACAACCCAAUUCUCUUCGUUUUAUUCUCAUUUUUCUCUCUCCUCCUUCUUCCUACACAUUUCAAUUCCUUUUCUUCAACAAUUCUCUCUUCUUUUCCUUAAAUCUUCAAUUUUUACCUAUCCCCAACACAAACUUAACCUUUUUUUUUUCUUUUUUCUUCUUCCAUAUAUACACAAAUUGAAGCUUUUCGUUUCAUUUUAUGGUUUGUGUUUCAGACAUUUCGACCAAUUUUAUUGUUAUUGUUUUCUCCUAAGCUGCCAUUUUUCUUGAUCAUCGUUGCCUUUAAGCAAUUGGGUCGGUGACCGAUUGCCGGAAAAUCAUGCCACCGGCUCUGUUGGAUCCACCAUUGUCAAAAACAUCGUCGGUUUCAUCUUUAAUCUCCGGCACCAUUUCUCAGGAACCGGUGCCGGAGAAUCGGUUAUUCGAUGAUCUUAGAGGUUUGCAGUGGCGUAUAAAUCUUGGGGUUUUGCCAUCUUCUUCAUCUUCAACUUCCGUUGAUGAUCUUCGUCGUGCCACUGCUAAUUCUCGAAGAAGGUAUGCUAGUUUGAGAGGGCGGCUCCUGGUUGAUCCCCACGUUCCAAAGGAUGAAAGUAGUUCACCCAAUCUUGUCAUGGACAACCCGCUUUCACAAAAUCCAAAUAGUACAUGGGGUCGCUUUUUUCACAAUGCAGAGCUGGAGAGGAUGGUGGAUCAGGAUUUAUCACGUUUAUACCCAGAACAUGGCAACUAUUUCCAGACUAAAGGGUGCCAAGGCAUAUUGAGACGGAUUUUAUUAUUAUGGUGUCUUAGACAUCCCGAUUGUGGUUAUAGACAAGGUAUGCACGAGUUGCUUGCUCCUUUGCUUUAUGUUCUCCAAGUUGAUGUGGAGCGCCUUGCAGAAGUUCGAAAACUUUAUGAAGAUCAUUUUACAGACAGAUUUGAUGGUCUCUUUUGUCAAGAGAAUGAUCUUUCUUACAGCUUUGAUUUUAAAAAAUCUUCAGACUUGACGGAUGACGAAAUCGGUUCUCACGGAAAAGGAAUGAAAAUCAAGAGUCUUGAUGAGCUUGAUCCUAAGAUACAGACCAUUGUAUUGCUAAGUGACGCUUAUGGGGUUGAAGGUGAACUGGGCAUUGUUUUAUCUGAGAAAUUUAUUGAGCAUGAUGCUUACUGUAUGUUUGAAGCUUUAAUGAAUGGGGCUCACGGUUCAGUUGCAAUGGCUGAUUUUUUCUCUUAUUCUCCUGUUGCUGGGUCCCAUACUGGUUUGCCACCUGUAAUUGAAGCUUCUGCUGCAUUGUAUCAUUUAUUGUCGCAUGUGGAUUCAUCUUUGUAUAGCCAUCUUGUUGAUCUCGGGGUUGAACCACAGUACUUUGCUCUCCGCUGGUUGAGAGUUUUAUUUGGACGAGAAUUUUCACUUGACAACCUCUUGAUCGUCUGGGAUGAAAUAUUUUUAUCAGAUAAUAGUAAAAUGGAAAAGCAUGCAGAGGACAACACAGACACUUGUUUUAGGAUCUUUCAUUCAUCUCGCGGAGCAUUUAUCUCAGCUAUUGCUGUGGCAAUGUUACUUCAUAUAAGAUCUUCACUACUUGCAACUGAAAAUCCUACGACAUGUCUCCAGAGAUUAUUAAGCUUCCCUGAGAACACAAACAUUAAAAAACUAAUAGAGAAAGCUAAAUCCUUGCAGACUCUUGCAUUAAGUACUGAAAUUUCAUCCUCGACACCUGCACUUGUAGAAUAUAACAACAAGGGUAAAUCAGUUAUUACAAGAUCUGUUACCACCAUUGCAUGUGAAUCAGGUUCACCAAAAACUCCUAAGAGUUUAUUACCUGAUAAUAGCUACUGGGAAGAAAAGUGGAGAGUUGUCCACAGUGCUGAAGAACUUAAACAAGAUGGAGUAGAAAAGCAGGUUCCAUCUCAGAAAAAGAGAUGGACAGAAAAGGUAAAGUUAAGUUUAAAAAGAACAGUAUCUGAACCAUCUUCGUCAACAAUCAAGAAUGGUAAAAAGGAAUCUAAGACAUCUGUUAAGCGCAGUUUGUUAGAAGAUCUAUCCAAGGAACUUGGGUCAGAAGAAGAUAUAGAAAAUCUCGGCUGUCAUGAAACCUUAUGCCAGCAGGAUAAUCAUUCUUUAGCAGUUGAGGCGGAGCAACAAGAUGAUGACUCUGACGUAAGCAACAAUUACGGUGCUGAUGAUAGAUGUCUUAGCAGAAACACCGGCAGCGAGGAAAACUCAUUCAACCUAGCUAGUCCUCCUAAUGAGUUCAAAGAUCAUGAAAAUGUCUCACAGAAAAGUAGUGUUGGGUCUAAUUUAUCCCUUGAUGUAAUUAAUGAAAUUUCAUAUAGCAGUCCCAUCGAUUCACCUCUUCCAAUUUCUGAUCAUCCUGAGAACAACCUAUCUCCGGUGGCAGGGCGCAAUAAUGAUUCCACAGGAAAUUCCGCCACACUUUCUAGGAAUAUAAAACUGAAUAAAUUCCAAUGGCUUUGGAAGUUUGGCCGUAAUAAUGGUGAGUUGAUGUCUGAGAAAAGAGGACUUGCUUCUGAGGCUGUAAAACAAACCAACAAGUAUAACGAUCAAAGUAAUACAGCUUCCUCUUCUACAGCUGGUGAUCUUUGCAGUUCUGUUAAUUUUAAUGGAGAUUCUGCUGACCAGAAUGUCAUGGGAACUUUAAAGAAUAUUGGGCAGUCCAUGCUUGAGCAUAUUCAGGUGAUUGAGUAUGCUUUCCAACAAGAGUGUGGUCAGGGAACUUCAUUGGAUAAUAAUACGUCUAAAAAUGUUCUGGUUGGCAAAGGGCAGGUUACUGCCAUGUCAGCUCUCAAGGAGCUUCGCAAAAUUAGCAACCUUUUGUCUGAGAUGUGAGACGAGCCUUACGAUGGUUGACAUGUGUAUAUAUAUUAUGUAUAUUUUUUGUAAUUUCUAAUUACAAUUUUUAGCAGUAAUAAUAUACAAGUGUCUCUUUAGCAGUGAUAAUAUAAAAGUGUCAUUCGUAUGCUUUA